AUGGAAUAUGUGGCCUGUGUGAAGAAACACCAACUCUUGACUGACAGUAAUGGUGAUUUUUCAAGCUGGGAUGAACAUUUCAGUGCCCCAUUUGAUGAGCCAUUACCAGAAAUUGAAGCAAGGUGUUGUGACCAAAGUGUUCUCAUAAGCAUUCACUGUGAGAAAAAGAAAAGGUUUCUCGAGAAAAUCAUUUCUGGAAUAGAGAAAUGUCACCUAACAGUCAUCAACAGCAAUGCAAUGACAUUUGGGAAUUGUGCUCUUCAUAUAACCAUCGUUGCUCAGAUGGGCAUGGAAUUCUGCAUGACAAUAAAGGAGCUUGUGAAGAAACUACGUUUAGCUUUUAUAUUUCUAGUGUGA